AUGGCGAGAAUCGAUGCAUUGCCAGUAGAUGGCAAUGUAUCCAAUCAGAUUCCGCAAGUGGUCCAUGUGGUUCGUCCCAACAAUGAACGAACCCAGGGCACACAAGCAAAAGAAGGCGAGGAGGACGCUGCUGCUGAAGAAGAACAAGUUCCUCAGCAACAAGUGUUAGAGCCAGGUCCAGAUACAAGUGGCGCGACAGGAGCAGUUGGGUUAGAUGCUGGUGAAGUUGUGGUCGACGACAAAGUUUACAUACCACAGUCACUUACCAAUAUGAAUGGAUUGGAUUCCGACCGAAUCCGUCAGUUCGUUCUGAAUGGCGCAUCUGCUGCUCCUCCUGGCCAUAGCACCAAUCCGAUUGUGAUGCCACCUGGUGGGGCGCCUCUCAGCGACUACAACACACCAAACCUUCAAAGCAUUGCAUUUCCAACCCUGUUCCCACAUGGUGUUGGAGACGUAAUAAGCGGAGACAGAUUGGUGAAAGUGAAAUUGAACCAAGCCAACAAACACUUACUUUGGUAUUGUCUGAACAAGGCGGAUCGCGGCCUUGCUCCUUAA